GCGUGCGCUCCCGGGGUGAGAUGACCGGAAUGCACGUGUCUUGGUUGCAGAGUGAGCCCCUCAACCCAGAAUCUGGAGUGGCCGCGGCCGGGAAACAGGAACCCGGGUUUAUUAUUAGCCGUCGGGGAAGAGGGGCCAGCAGCAGUUUCAACAGUGUGAUAACUCACGGAAAACGGAAAUCCAAUGGAUCUAGCAAAAGGAUUCCACCCAGCAAAAAACGCCAGCUUGGGAGAGGGCCCCUACCUAACUCCUUCCUUCUGGCCUCCACCCCUCCCCUGAUACGUUUCCUUCAGUCUGGUCUCGAGAUAACCCUUCAUCCCCCAGUUUCUUGACUCUGGCCGCUGUUCUUGCACAUUUCUUAAACACUUUCAGAGAAAGAUGGCUCAUGCACCUGCCUGCAAAAAUUCCCAAACCGGGUCUCCCAGCUCCCCCAGACCCCGCAACAACUCACACCCACCGGGGUAACUCCAGAAGGAAAAGGUCCGCGGGCCAGAGCUCUGGGCCCUUGGAAUCACCCCACCACCGCCCCUCUGGCUUCAGCCAAUCAGAAGCCGUCAGAAAAUAUUAUGCAAAUGAGUCCUGAUGCUCCCGCCAGUCAGAAGCCGCAGAGCCCUCCCCCACGCAGUGUCCUCUUUCACCCCAGCCCAGCCAAGCUGGCUGCCGCGUCCCUGGCAACCGGCGCACGGCCAGU